AUGGGGGAGGCGGACCCCGGCGAGCCGCGGGCGGCGGCGGCGGCGGGGGGCAGCCCGGGCGCGGUGGAGGCGCUGCAGAAGCCGCCCUACUCCUACGUGGCGCUGAUCGCCAUGGCCAUCCGGGCCAGCCCCGAGCAGCGGCUGCCCCUGAGCGGCAUCUACGCCUACAUCGCGGGGCGCUUCCCCUACUACCGCGGCGGCCCCAAGGGCUGGCAGAACAGCGUCCGCCACAACCUCAGCCUCAACCCCUGCUUCCGCCGCCUGCCCCGCCGCGGCGGCCCCGCCGCCCCCCGCCGCGGCGGCGACUGGGCGCUGGACCCCGCCUUCCACGAUGUUCCCGGGGGCGACUACCGCCGCCGCCGCCGCCCGUUGUUUUAUCAGCUAAGCACCGUACGGGUUAUUGAAUCUGAUGAUGUUUCAGCUGAUAUUUGUCUUUUCUGUAAAAUGGACCUUACUCGUUGGAGCUUGAAAGAGUAA